CCGGUGGGGGCGCGUCCGGAAGGCAACCGGUCAGGUCGGGGCGCCGACGUCGCCGGACGACCGCGGCCUCAGCCAAGCCUCGGGAGCCUCAGCCAAAGCCCCGCUGUGGCCGGAGGCGCGGCCGCGCGUUGUCGCCGAGCGUCCUUUGCAGGCUCCUUCUCCGCCGAGUGCAGGGGUUGUAACCGCGGGAGGUCCCGGGGUGAUCGUGGCGGUGCCCGCUGCCUGGCGGGACGGCCGAGGGCCAGCGCCCGCGGGCCGGGCCAAGCCGUCCAGGGGAGGGACUGCCGCCUGCGGUUUGGAGGAGAAACGCGACCCCUGCGAAGGGCAACUAAGCGCCGUGCGAUAAAGCGAGGCCAGUCGAUACUUGCGGGUCGGAACCGAGCUGUCAAAGGCCCACGGGAGACUCCCGGGAUGGAGACCUUGUCUUUCCCCAGAUACAAUGUAGCCGAGAUUGUGACCCACGUCCGCAACAAGAUCUUAACGGGAGCCGACGGCAAAAACCUCUCCAAGAGUGACCUUUACCCCAACCCGAAGCCCGAGGUCCUGCACAUGAUCUACCUGCGCGCCCUGCAGAUGGUGUACGGCACGCGCCUGGAGCACUUCUACAUGAUGCCGGUGAACUCGGACGUCAUGUACCCACAUCUGAUGGAAGGCUUCCUGCCCGUCAGCAACCUGUUCAUCUACCUGAACUCGUUCCUGCCCAUCUGCCGCGUGAACGACUUCGAGACGGCAGACAUCCUGUACCCAAAGGCCAAGCGGACCUGUCGGUUCCUGAGCGGCAUCAUCAACUUCAUCCACUUCCGGGAGGCGUGCCGGGAGACGUACAUGGAGUUUCUCUGGCAAUACAAAUCCUCGGUGGACAAAAUGCAGCAGUUGAACACGGCGCACCAGGAGGCGCUAACGAAACUGGAGAAACUCGAUUCCGUUCCAGCCGAAGAGCAGGCGGAGUUCCAGCAGCUGUCGGAUGAGAUCCAGGAGCUGCAGCAGCUGCUGAACCAGGACUUCCGGCAGAAGACGACGCUGCUGCAGGAGCGCAGUGGCCAGAAGAAGGCCGCGCUGUCGGAGAAAACCAAGCGCUUGAACGAACUGAGGUUGUCAGUGGUGUCUUUGAAAGAAGCACAAGAGAGUCUGAAAACCAAAAUUGUGGACUCUCCAGAGAAGUUAAAGAAUUAUAAAGAAAAAAUGAAGGAUACAGUCCAGAAGCUUAAAAAUUCCAGGCAAGAGGUGAUGGAGAAGUACGAGCUGUACCGCGACUCGGUGGACGGCCUGCCUUCCUGCCAGCUGGAGGUGCAGCUGUAUCAGAAGAAAAUACAGGACCUGGCCGGGGACCGGGACAGGCUGGCCAGCGUCCUGAAGGAGAACCUGAACUUGGAGGACCAGAUUGAGAGCGGCGAGUCGGAUCUGAAGAAGCUGAAGGCCGAGGAGAACGCCCUGCGAAGACUGGUGAACGCGAAGAAGGAGAAGCUCGCCACGGUGCAGUUCAGGAUCCACAAGAAGCACGAGGACGUGAAGCAGUACAAGCGCGCGGUGAUCCAAGACUGCAACAGAGUGCAGGAGAAGAGAGGGGCCGUCUACGAGCGGAUAACCACGACCAAUCAGGAAAUCCAGAAAAUCAGAUCUGCCAUCCAGCAGCUGCGGGAGACAACCGGCAGGGAGAAGCUGAGGUCCCAGGAAAUACUUCUGGCCUUGAAGGGGGCUCUGGAGAAGUACCACGAGGGUGUCGAAAAGGCGGCGCAGGAAGGCUGCGCCCAGCUGGAGGAGAAGACGGCCGAGCUGAGGAGGAGGAUGGCCAGGCUGCCCACCUGACCGACGCGUGGGCCGUCUCUGUGCGCACAGCUUGUGCCGCCCUGUGCCGUUCUGUCGGGACUGAGGCUGGAGUGAGUGGGAGGAGCCAACAGUGCCGAGGCGGCUGUUUCUCGGGGGCUCCGGGUGGUGGUUGGAGGGCGGUGCACUUGGUGUGGACCCUGCUGACUCACAAUAAAGCCCUGUAUCCGUUCG